UUAGCUUCCAUGGAGUCAUCGUAGAGUCCAAAGAUCUCAGCAUUUUACAGGAUUCGAAUGAGAGAGCUGAGCUCUGUGAGCUCGGAGGCUAGCUAGGGUUCGUCUUCUCCUAUCCUGCUUACUGUUAUUAUAAGAAAAAGAGCUGCAUUCAGGUUUAUUGCUUUUGAUUCAUCUAAGAUGUUCAAUGAAAGUUUGGCCACUAAACGACAUCAAAUCUCUGGCUGAUAACUCAACAAUUUGAAAAUUUGAAGAGGAAAUUUCACUACAUUAGAACAUGUGUGAAUCUCAUCCCGCGUGUCGUUCUAGACUGGUUGCAAUUUUAGAGGAUUCGACCCAACCGCUUGCCAUAAUAUGGAAAAGAAGUGUUAUUCUGCUCAUCUUUUUGUUCUCAGUUGUUUCAGGUUCAUUUGUUGGGAUUAACAUUGGCACGGACAUUUUGAAUUUACCAUCCGCGCCAAGCAUAGUUUCCAUCCUCCAAUCUCAUAAAAUCAAACAUAUACGAUUAUUCGAUGCUGACCACCAAAUACUAGCCGCCCUUGCAAACACAGGAAUAGAAGUAAUGGUUGGUGUUCCAAAUGAUCAAUUACUACGAAUAGGAGAAUCUCAAUCUGCAGCAGCUGACUGGAUCAAUAGAAAUGUUGCAGCUUAUCUUCCCGGAACCAACAUCACCUACAUUGCAGUUGGAAAUGAAGUCCUCACCACCAUUCCAAAUGCCGCUCUCGUUCUUGUUCCUGCAAUGCAAUUUCUCCAGUCUGCUCUUCUAGCUGCUAACCUGAAUUUUCAGGUUAAAGUUUCUAGCCCUCAAUCUAUGGACAUGAUUCCCAAAUCCUUUCCACCAUCCACAGCCACUUUCAAUUCAACUUGGAGCUCAAUAAUGUAUCAUUUUCUCCAAUUCUUGAAGAAUACAGGAGCCUCAUUCAUGUUAAAUGCUCAGCCAUACUAUGGAUUUGUGAAAGCAAAUGGUAUUUUCCCCAUUGAAUAUGCACUUUUUCGUUCUCUCAAUCCUGACAAUCAGAUUGUUGAUCCGAAUACCCUUUCUUCAUAUUCAAACAUGUUUGAUGCGAUGGUUGAUGCUGCUUACUACUCGAUCCAAGAACUAAAUUUUUCCGGGAUUCCAAUUAUUGUGACUGCUUCUGGGUGGCCGUCGAACGGCGGGGACGACGAACCAUAUGCUAAUGUGGAUAAUGCGUUGGCUUAUAACACAAAUCUUGUUCGGCAUACACUCAAUAAUUCUGGGACACCCAGUCAACCGAAUAACCCAGUCAAUGUAUAUAUCCAUGAGUUGUUUAAUGAAGAUCUCUUGCCAGGGCCUCUUUCAGAGAAGAACUGGGGAUUAUUUUUGCCUAAUAGAACGGUUGUAUACGCUCUAGAUUUUGCGAAUGCAGCCAAUGGCAGUGCGGCACUAUCAGGGAUGAGUGGUGUUUUCUGUGUGGUGAAUCCCAGUGCGAAUCCGAGAGAUGUGAAGCAAGGACUGGACUGGGUUUGUGGCCCUGGGGGUGCGAAUUGUAGCGCUAUCCAAACUGGGAAGCCAUGUUAUGAAGCUGACAAUAUUGUUGCUAUAGCUUCCUAUGCUUAUAAUGACUAUUACCAUAGGAUGCAAGCAAGUGGCGGAACGUGUAACUUCGAUCACACGGCCAUGAUUACUACAAAUGAUCCCAGCCAUGGCUUAUGCAUUUUUUCAGGGAGCAAGGGGAUGAACUCCAGCAGAAGCAGAGGUGCAGGAUCUGUCCUUGAGAGCCCUUUGAACAGCAUGACAAAAACUCAAGUUCUUCCAUUACUGCACCUCUUCCUUCUUUUAUUGCUCUUAUUAUUCAAUUCUUAGUUUUUCAGUGUUCAUCAGUAUCAGUUUUGUAGAAGGAAUAUUGAAUGAAUGAUUAUAUAUAUAUAAUCAUUGGUUUUGUGGACAUGGUGGCAAAAUGUGAUUCCAACAAAAAAAAAAAAAGGUAUUUUUGCAAAUAUGCAUUAUUUAAGGAUGCAUGAUGAGCUUGUUGUUUUUGU